AUGGCAACUAUAUUUACUCGUAGCGUUCCCCGAACUCUGCGUGCUUUACCCCGCGCAUCUCCAGUGUCAAAAGCUUUCAGAGCUCCAGCUGUCACCCCUCUAACAAGACGAUUUCUUGCUACAACUUCUUUACCUGAACAACCACGAUUGAGAUUGGGUUCCGAAGCACCCAACUUCCAAGCCGAAACAACCCAAGGUCCUAUCGAUUUCCACAAGUUCAUUAAUAACAAAUGGACAAUCCUGUUUUCCCACCCUGCCGACUUCACUCCGGUAUGCACGACUGAGCUUGGUGCCUUUGCGAAAUUGAAGGAUGAAUUUGAGAAACGUGGUGUCAAUAUGAUUGGCUUGUCCGCAGAUCCCCUCCCAUCCCACAAAGAAUGGAUCAAGGAUAUCAACGAAGUCUCCGGAACAACCCUACAAUUCCCCAUCAUCGCCGAUGCGGACCGCAAAGUAGCUUAUCUCUACGACAUGCUUGAUGCUCAAGACACAACAAAUAUUGAUCAAAAGGGCAUUGCAUUCACUAUUCGUUCCGUCUUCAUUAUCGAUCCUGCCAGGAAGAUCAGACUUACGAUGAUGUAUCCAGCGAGCUGCGGACGAAAUACUAGAGAAGUGUUAAGAGUCAUUGAUAGUUUGCAAACGGCCGAUAAGAAGGGAAUUGCCACGCCCAUUGAUUGGCAGGUGGGAGACGAUGUCAUUGUACCACCGACGGUAAAGACAGAGGAUGUGAGGAAGAAGUUUGGAGAGGUCAGAGAGGUGAAGCCUUAUUUGAGAUUCACGAAUGUUGGGAAGUAG